AUGGCCGGCGCCUGCUCCCUCCUCGUGCUCCUCGUCGUCGCGCUGGCCGGCGGGGCGAGCACCGCCGUUGCCUUCAGCGGCGGCGACAACAUGGUCAACAACGACAACGCGGCGGCGGCGGCGGCGGCGCUCCUGACGCCGAAGCCGCCGUCCCCGGGGGACCUGAACGGCAUGAUGGGGUGCCUGAUGGGGUGCUUCACGCAGGUGUUCACGUGCGCGCUCGGGUGCAUGGGCAAGGGCCCCGACCUGCCGCUCUGCAUCGUCAGCUGCGACCAGAAGAGCAUCGUCUGCAUGGUCCGCUGCGCCCUCUCACCGUCGCCGCCGGGGCCCAAGCCAUCGCCGCCGGGACCCAAGCCGCCAGGGCCCAAGCCGCCAACGCCAGCGCCGCCGACGCCCGCGCCACCCGCCCCGCCGCCGCACGCCGCCACCGGACGCAAGACCGCGACAUCUGCCUAG